UCGAAGCUACAAAUGGUGGAUGAGUCACUUUGAGCGCUCUAAUCCAAACGAAACUACUUUUUUUUUUUUUUUUCUUUCUUUUUAUUUGAUUUUUCCAUUCAUUUUUUUAUAAAUUUCCAAAAUUUAUUUCUUUUUUUUUUUUUUUUCCAUCAACCCACUUUUCUCUAUGAUUGAGCGAAUUCGAUUUUUGUCUCCCUCGGUGUGUUUUUUGGUCUCCGUUUGAUCGUCGGGGUAUUCGGAUUCCGUCUCUUUGUAUUUUCCAGUCUGUUUAAAGAAAAUUGACGUUGCAGUUCUUCACUUCUUCUUCGAGCAGCUUGAGGAGGAAGAUUGAAGGGAAAGUGCAGGAAAAUCAAAAAGACUCGUGAUGGAGAUUGCAUUAUGAAUACAACUUGCUAAGGAAAUUUGGAAAUUGAAGAAAUGAGAAGGCAUCGCUUCAGGGAGUCUAUCCAGUCCUUAUUUGGAAGUCACAUUGAUGAGGAAAAAGAUGAACAGUUAAAAGGAUCUACAAAAGAAAUUGAGGAAAAAUUGAAUAAGAUCUUGACACUUAUCAAAGAUGAAGGUGUUGAAGACAGUGAUGGUAUCUCAGUUGGAAACUCCAAAAGAGAAUCACUUGCCAAGCUAGUUGAGGAUGUUGGUGAACAAUAUCAAUCACUCUAUUCACGGUAUGAUAGUGUAAUGGGAGUGCUAAGAAAAAAAGUUCAUGGCAAAGGAAAAAAGGAUAGAUCCUCAUCUAGCUCAGACUCAGAUUCAGAUUCAGAUUAUUCGUCGAAGGAAGAAAGCAGUAAAAACGGAAAAUUGGAAAAUGAACCUCAGAAAUUAACGGAUGGGAUUAAGCAAGAACUUGAAACGGCUCAUCUUGAAGUUGCCGAAUUGAAGAGCAAAAUGACAACUACAACUGAAGAAAAGAAGGCAUUAAAUGCAGAAUAUUUGAGAGCUUUAAGUAAAAUAGAAGAAACAGAGAAAAUUGCCAGCGACUUGAAGAGUGAAGCUGAAAGGUUAGAAAUUGAAAAAUCAGAACUUUUGAUUGAGAAUAGAGAGCUGAAUCAAAAAUUGAAUACUGCUGGUAAUGUAGAAGAAGAUCUGAAUAAAAGAUUGGAAGAUCUGGAAAUAGAGAAAGACAAGUUAAUCAAGGAAAAUGAGAUUGCCAUCAGAAGGAUUGAAGAGGGAGAAAAGAUUGCUGCAGACUUCAGAGUUAUGGCUGAUCAGCUUAACAAUGAAAAAGAAACUCUUGGGCAAGAACUAGAAGCCAUUAGAGAAGAAUGUUCCAAAAAAAAGCAGCAACUAGAAUCUGCAGAGGAAAUUGCCAGAAAUUUGAAGAGUGAAGGUGACAGGUUAGACAUUGAAAAAUCAGAACUUUUGACUCAGAAUACAGAGUUGAAAGGAAAGCUGGAGAAUGCUGAUAAGGUUGUAGCUGAUUUGAAGCAAAAGUUGGAAGAUACAGAAAGAGAGAAAGACAACUUGAUCAAGGAAAACGAGACUGCUGCAAGAAAGAUUGAAGAGGGUGAAAAGAUUGUAGCAGACUUGAGAGCCACGGCUGAUCAGCUCAACAAUGAAAAAGGAAUCCUUGGGCAAGAGCUAGAAGCUGUUAGACAGGAAUUUUCAAAUGCAAAGCGGCAACUAGAAUUUGCAGAAUUACAAGUAUUGGAUGUAAAGAAACAAUUAGAAGUUGCAGAGGAAAUUGCCAGAGGAUUGAAGAGCGACGCUGAAAGGUUAGAUAUUGAAAAAUCUGCACUUUCAAUUGAGAAUAAAGAGCUGGAAGAAAAAUUGGAGACUGCAGGUAAGAUAGAAGCUGAUCUGAUCCAAAGGUUGGAAGAUACAAAAAGAGAGAAAGAGACUGCUGCAAGAAAGAUUGAAGAGGGUGAAAAGAUCGUAGCAGACCUGAGAGCCAUGACCUUACAGCUCAACAAUGAAAAAGAAAACCUUAGUCAAGAACUGGAAGCUGUUAGACAGGAAUUUUCUAAUGCAAAGCAGCAACGUGAACUUGCUGAAUCACAAGCAUUGGAUGUAAAGAAACAAUUAGAAAUUGCAGAGGAAUUUGCCCGAAGCUUGAAGAGCAAUUCUGAAAGGUUAGAUAUUGAAAAAUCAAAACUUUCUACUGAGAAUAAAGAGCUGAAAGAAAAAGUGGAGACUGCUGGUAAGAUAGAAGCCGAUCUGACCCAAAAGUUGGAAGAUACAGAAAGAGAGAUAGAGACUGCUAUGAGAAAGAUUGAAGAGGCAGAAAAGAUUGCAGCAGACUUGAGAACCAUGGCUGAUCAGCUUAACAAUGAAAAAGAAAACCUUGGGCAAGAAUUAGAAGCUGUUAAAGAGGAGUUUUCCAAUACAAAGCAACUACUUGAAUCUGCACAUCUUCAAGUAUCUACUUUAAGCCUCAAUCUUAAAGCUACUGAGGAAGAGAACAGAUCAUUGAACUUAAAAAUCUCAGAGAUCUCAAAUGAGAUUCAGCAAGCACAGAAUGCAGUGAAAGAACUUUUGACUGAAUCUAGUCAAUUGAAGGAGAAAUUGAGUGAGAGGGAAAGGGAAUAUUCAGCGCUCUGGCAAUUGCAUGAGUUACAUGGGAAUGAAACUUCAGCCCGAGUGAAGGGAUUAGAGGCUCUAGUCACAGGCCUGGAACUGGAGCUGCAAUCAUUGGGAGGUCAGAAGCAAGAUAUGGAAUUGCAAAUUGAGAGUAAAGAGACUGAAGUGAAACAACUGAAAGAGGACAACAAAAGACUACAAGAUCAAAUUUCAGAACUUGAGUUGAUGUCGAAAGAGAGAGAAAAUGAGUUUUCUGCCCUUGUGAAGAAACUCGAGGAUGACAACAAUGAAUCAUCUUCUAGAAUAGAAGAUUUGACAGCACAAAUUAACAAUCUUCUGGUUGAAAUAGAUUCUUUGCGUGCUCAGAAAGUUGAAUUGGAAGAACAAAUAGCAUAUAAAGGCGAUGAAGCAUCAACUCAGGUCAAACGUUUAGUGGAUCAAGUGGAUGCACUGCAGCAAGAAUUGGAAUCCCUACACAAGCACAGAACUGAAUUGGAACUGAAACUGGAGAAUAAAACUCAAGAAAUUUCUGAGUUCUUGAUCCAGAUUGAACGAUUGAAAGAGGAGAUAACAAGCAAGACUUUAGAACAACAGAGAAUUCUGGAAGAGAAAGAAAGUUUAACAGCGGAAAAGAAGGAUUUAGAGUUAAAGCUGGAAUCUGUUCACAACCAACGUAGUGACCUAGAGGAGCAAGUAAGAAUUAAAAUCCAUGAGAACGGUGAGUUGAGAGAGGAAGGCGUGGGGCUGAAGGACAAAAUUUUUGAAUUAGAGAAGAUGUUAUUGCAGAGAGAGGGUGAGUUCUCUUCUCUCCAGGAGACACUUCAAAGUGGAGAGAAUGAAGCUUCUGCUCGAAUAACAGCCUUGUUGGGACAGAUUAACAGUCUGCAACAGGAAUUUGAUUCAUUGAAGACUGAGAAAAACCAGAUAGAAUUGCAGUUAGAGAGAGAGAAACAAGAAUUUUCAGAAAGGGUAUCCCAACUGGAAAAUCAGAAGGUUGAGCUAGAGACCACGAUAAGUGAUCAUCAGAGACUGCUGAAAGAACAAGAGGAUUCACACAAGAAACUUACGGAGGACUAUAAAAAGGUUGAAGGUUGGUUUCAGGAAAGCAAGUUAAACCUCGAAGUUGCAGAGAGGAGGAUUGAAAAAAUGGCAGAAGAGCUCAGUAAAAAUGUUGAAUCCAAAGACCAGAUAAUUGCUGAUUUGGAACAUGUGGCUGAAGACCUGAGAAGAGAACUAGACGUAAAAGGAGAUGAACUUGGUACUUCAGUCGACAACAUACGAAAUAUAGAAGUCAAGCUCCGACUGUCAAACCAGAAGCUCCGGGUUACAGAGCAAUUACUAACUGAGAGGGAAGAGAGCUUCAGAAUCGCAGAAAUGAAAUACCUGGAAGAACAGAAAGCGCUCGGAGACAGAAUCGUUACAUUGUCUGAAAAAAUAGCAGCUAAUAACGAAGCUCAUCAGAGGAUAAUCGCAGAUGUCUCACAGAAAGUACACAGUACUUUGAUUGGACUAGAAUCGGUGGUUCAGAAAUUCGAAGACAAGCAUGGGAUCUAUGAGAAAAGUAUUGUGGAAAUAUCAAAUGAGAUUCAGAUUGCAAGAAGCUGGGUUACAAGAACAAACAAUGAAAGGCAAAAGCUGAAGGAGGAGGUUAAUUACCUAGUUGAACAACUGCAAAAUAACAAGGAACAGGGUUCAGCAUUACGAGACCAGGUUGAGAGGUUAGAGGCAAAGACAAGACAGGAAGAGAAGGAGAAGGAAAACCUGACAAUAGCUGUGAACCUACUUGAGAAGAAGGCAAGAGAUUUGGAGAAGAAACUUCAAGAGAAAGAAGAGGGAAUUGUAGGAUUAGGAGAGGAGAAGCGGGAGGCGAUAAGGCAGCUGUGCUUGUCGAUCGAUUAUCACCGUGAUCGCUAUGAUCACAUCAGGGAGGUGCUCUUAAAGAUGAAUGUAAGAGGCCGGAGGACUACCUAGCCAUCUUUGAUUUCUUUUUAUUAUUAUUAUUAUUAUUUUAAUUUACUUUA